CAACUUGUCAGAAAGUUGUCUAGAGGUCUCAUAGGUUGAUCUUGUUUUUACUUAAUUUAAAAAUGACUGCAUUCGAAGAAUUUGGUGUUUUGCCCGAAAUAGGGAAAGCUAUAGAAGAAAUGGACUGGACGCUUCCAACUGAUGUACAAGCCGAAGCUAUUCCACUUAUUCUCGGUGGUGGUGAUGUCCUUAUGGCUGCUGAGACCGGUAGCGGAAAGACCGGUGCUUUCUGCCUUCCAAUAUUACAAAUAGUUUGGGAAACAUUAAAAGACAUACAAGAAGGAAAGACAGGUAAAGUUGUAGCUGCAACUUCGACGGAAUGGACGAUGUCGUUAUUCGACCGUACGGAUGCACUGGCUGUCACUCCAGAUGGUUUGCGGUGUCAGUCUCGAGAUCAAAACGGAUGGCAUGGCUGCAGGGCCACAAAGGGUAUUCACACGAAAGGAGCUUAUUAUUACGAAGCUAUAGUUACGGAUGAGGGCUUAUGUCGUGUAGGGUGGUCCACUCAGGCUGCCCGACUAGAUCUAGGCACAGACAACUUUGGCUAUGGUUAUGGUGGUACAGGAAAGAAAUCAAAUGCAAAAAAUUUUGAAGACUAUGGCACCGCAUAUGGAAAAAAUGAUGUUAUCGGUUGUCUCCUAAAUCUGAAUACCGGUGAAAUAUCUUUCACAAAAAAUGGUGAAGAUUUAGGCGUGGCAUUUAAUCUGAACCAGUCACGUCGCUGCGAUUGCUACUUCCCCGCUGUUGUUUUAAAAAAUGCAGAGAUGAGCUUCAACUUUGGAAAAAUACCAUUUGUGUAUCCUCCCAAAGGAGAUUACAUAGCAAUCUGCCAGGCUCCAAAAGAAUUUGUGAAACAAAAUGUUGUGUCAGCAGUAGCGUCUACUGGAAUAAAGCAAGUUAACAACGCUCCCCAGGCAAUCAUUAUUGAGCCAUCAAGAGAAUUAGCAGAACAAACCUGCUCACAAAUAACACUAUUCAAAAAGUACCUUAACAACCCUAAAGUGAGGGAACUGCUUGUUGUCGGCGGUAUUAACGUUAAGGAUCAGAUCAACCAGUUGAACUCCGGUGUAGACAUAGUUGUGGGUACUAUUGGGCGGCUUGAAGACCUUAUUCAAGGAGGUUAUUUAGCUUUAACUCAUUGUCGCUUCUUCGUACUGGACGAGGCUGACGGUCUCCUGAAGGCCGGUUGUGGUGAGUCAAUCGAGAGACUGCAUAGACAGAUACCGAAGAUUACAUCAGAUGGCCGGCGCUUACAAAUGGUCGUCUGUUCGGCGACACUACACGCUUUCGAAGUUAAGAAAAUGGCGGAGAAGCUGAUGUACUUCCCCACGUGGGUGGACUUGAAGGGCGAAGACGCAGUCCCGGAGACUGUCCACCACGUGGUCGUCAACGUGGACCCCCAGCGAGAUCGCCUCUGGGAGACGCUCCGCAGACAAAUACAGACUGAUGGUGUUCACGCAAAAGACAACAUUCGUAGCGGAAAUACUACCCCAGAGACACUGUCCGAAGCGGUCAAGAUACUAAAAGGAGAAUACGUACUCAGAGCCAUUCAAGAACACAAAAUGGACAGAGCGAUAAUCUUCUGCCGCACGAAGCUGGACUGCGACAACCUGGAGCGGCACCUGCGCGGCGCGGGCGGGGCGGGCGGCGAGCUGUCGUGCGUGUGCCUGCACGGCGACCGCAAGCCGCAGGAGCGCAAGCACAACCUGGAGCAGUUCAAGCGCGCCCAGGUGCGCUUCCUCAUCUGCACCGACGUCGCCGCGCGCGGCAUCGACGUGUCCGGCCUGCCUUUCAUGAUCAAUGUCACGUUGCCGGACGAGAAAUCGAACUACGUUCAUCGUAUCGGUCGCGUGGGUCGCGCUGAGCGUAUGGGGCUCGCCAUCAGCCUCGUGUCCACUGUGCCCGAAAAGGUGUGGUACCACGGCGAGUGGUGUUCCUCGCGAGGUCGCAACUGCUGGAACACCAACCUGGUGAGCGACCGGCCCAAAGGUUGUUGCAUGUGGUACAACGAGCCCCAGUACCUUGCGGAUAUCGAAGAUCAUUUGAACAUCACAAUCCAACAAAUAGAGCCCGACAUGAAGGUACCGAGCAAUGAGUUUGAUGGCAAAGUUGUUUACGGACAAAAAAGAACGCAAGUCGGAACCGGAUAUCAGGAUCACGUGAGUCAGAUGGCGCCGGUGGUGAAAUCACUACAAGAAUUAGAAUCCCAAGCACAAAUGUAUUACUUGAAAAUGCAUCAUAAGGUCGCGGUGGCUUAAAACACGUAAUUAGUAAUGUUUUUUAAAAAUUUGUGAAGAGAAACCAGAAGAAUGAUAAAUGAUGGAUUCCAAAAAGCAUAAAAUAUAAGGAAUGAUUAUAUUAAAAAUAAUUUAAUUGUAUAAAACUCCAUAAAUAUCAACUACUAAUAUUAAAUUAUAAACAGCUUCGCAUUCGCAUUUUAUAAUGAUGGCGCAAUACAUGCUAAAAAAAAAUGCAGAUAAAUUUACUAAAAAGUCGUCAAUAAAUUAUUUUACAAAAA